AUGUGCAAAUUAAAUUAUUUCAUCAGUCUUUCUCUUGUUCUCGGCACGCUUUUCCAGCCUGAACAAAUUCAUCUUUCUUGAACUGAGAACGAAAAUGAAAUGCGAGCCACCUGGGUAAAUUUCCUAAACCUUGAGACUUUUAUAUCAAUUUUCAUAAAAUACCAAUAUUUUUAAUAAAUAAACCCCUAUUAAUCCUCAAACAUUAUAUCAGAUAUCGCCCAAUUUUAUGCUCAUUCCCCCCCCCUCCGUGAGCGAACAAAACCAUUAGAAAAAUCGCCAUUUUUUGACCAAAAACCCACCCUCCGUGAGUGAACAAAAAUUUUUUAAUAGAAAAAAUUUUUAAUGGAAAAAAAUUUUGAUAUAUAAGUGAUAAUUAGUAUAAUGAAAUCUAGAGCUAAUUCUGUUUAAUUUUUAAACAAAUUGCGUUUUUAAAACAUAAAUUUUGCAAAUUAAAUUAAUAUUUGCUUCCCAUUUUUGCAAAUUAGGAUUUUUUUAAAUUUCGAAAAAAAUAUUUUUUUUUAUAAAAUUUAUAUAUAAAAUUUUUUUUAAAAAAAAAAAUUAACCCCCCUCCGUGAGCGAACAAAAUUUUUUUUGUUCGCUCACGGAGGGGGGGGGGGAGUCAGAUAUUAUUCCUGACUGACUUUCAGCCCCAUCUUCUUGCACUCCUUUCAAUGCAGGCGAAAUCAUAUACCGUCUCCAGUACAUCUACACAUCGGUAAUCCCAAAUUUAAGACCAGAAUGCUUUUAUGAGUAUUUUAUCGAAACUUCAAUGACCCAAAGCGAAAUUUAUAUGUUCAGUGGGAGAACUCCAGAUGCCUCAGAACCAUACCAAGAUGCCAAAAAUCCAUUAUCAAUGGUGGUCUAUGGGGACUUAGGAAUUGGGAAAAACUCGCUUUUUGUGAAAAAUAGUCUUAUGCAGGAAAUCUUAACUUAACUUAUUAGGCUCUGUGUUUAACGCCAUUCACGGGGUAACCCCCCCCAGAGCUUUCCGCUGCUUCUUCGUCGCAUAGGGCCCGCGGACCGUCUGGGGUCAGUCAGCCUCGAUCUCCAGUACGCGCCUCCGGAGCAGUGUUGCCGACUAAGGCGGCUCAUGCCUGAGCUACUUCGCUUGAGGACAUGGGUUGCCAUUCCGAAAAUCCAUAAAAAAUGGAUUUUCUGGUAGGCUUUCGGCAAAAAGGAAAAACACGAAGCCUGGGACGUAACGCCCAGUUUCACGCUAGGGAGUUGCCCGAUUGAUCCUAAUGGACUUGGCUGAGCUUCCCCUUUCCAACUUGCUUGCCUCCUUCCCCAUGAGGAAAAAAACAUUCCCGAAAGUAGACCUGGGCUAGGCUCUGAGCACAACCAGAAUUGCUUACCUAGCAUUGCCGUCCCGUUUCUGAAAUGCAAAACCUUGCCGGAUAUAAUUAAAAUAUGAGUCGAGUAUGCAUGGCCGGGAGGCCAUGCCCAGACGAAGACGCCAUAUUUUAAUUAUCUUAUGCAGGAAAUCAAGGUCAGGGAUUUUUUGGGGAUUAUUCAUAUGGGAGAUAUCGCUUAUGAUAUGCAUGAGGACGACGGGAUGGUCGGGGAUAGGUUUUUAAACUCAAUACAAGACAUAUCAGCAAACUUCGCUUACAUGGUUUUGCCUGGAAACCAUGAAUUAAAGCAUAAUCUAACCCAUUACCGCACCAAAUUCAAAAUGCCUUUAAAUUCUGCUAAUGAUGGAACAAGUUUUUUUUACUCUUUUAACUUAGGGGCAGCUCAUUUUAUUAUGAUUAACACUGAAAUGUAUAUUUCAGACCACCCUGACCAAAUUUUGACACAAUAUAACUGAUUGAAAAAAGACUUAGAAAUCGCUAACCAGAACCGACAAGCUUUUCCUUGGAUUUUUGUAUUUACCCAUCGGCCUUUGUACUGCUCUUUAAUUGAAUUUUCUGAAUGCACCAGCGAGGCUGAGAUAUUGAAGUCUGCUUUAGAAGGGCUAUGACAUGAAUAUGCUGUGGAUAUCAUGUUUGAGGCUCAUAAUCAUUAUUAUGAAAGGUGCACGCCAAUAUAUAAAGAUAGAGUUGUAAAGAGCGAGUAUGAUGAUUUUAAUACCCAUUAUAAUGCAAAUGCAACUUUGUAUAGGGUUUUUGGAGAAAUAGCGAACUAUGGGCUAUUUUAGAUAAGGAAAAUAGCCCCUAUAUAGAUUUAUUUACUGAAAAAAUGCAAUAAUUAGUUAAGGACCAAGACAGAUUGCCUCAAAGGGAGGCGUUAAAAUUGGAAUACCAAAAUGUGCCAAUUUUUAUAAUGACUUUAUUAAAUUAAAUUUAAAUUUAAGAUACCUUCCUUUUAUAUUGGAGAUGAUAGGUAUGGGCUAUAAUGGUAGAAAUGAUGUAUAAAUGAUUAUAUUAUUAGUGGAAAUGGAGGAAAUAAUGAAGGCCAUAAUGAUCCUAUUCCAGAAGUUUGACAAGAUUGGACUUUAGUUAUGACUGAUGAGUAUGGGUAUGGGAAGCUUGAUGUCUUAAACAAAACUCAUGUACAUUGAACACAAUAUGGAGCUGUUAGUGGAGAUAUGGUAGACCAUGUAUGGCUUAUAAAAAAUAGACUAAGAUUUUAUUAA